UUCGCUAUAGAUUCCUUGUUUCGCACUUCGCAGCACGAGCCACUCUGACCAUCAAGAUAAGAAAAACUUCUCAGCUGCGAGUUACAAUUGGACUGGCCAUUGAGGAGGCUCUCAGCAGAGUCGCUCUUCACAGGAGUCUUGAACGCGGUGUGGAAUCGGCAGCGAGGAAUCCUGCAGCACAGAGAAGCUCCCAGCUUUGAAGGUCUUGUGGUGGUGCGUGGCGGGCAGGAACCCACAAUUCCAAAUACAAACGGUCGGCGCGAGAAGCGCUUCUGGGCGCAGGCGCCUGGCUGUAGCGACUCGUUGCGGGAGGCUGGACUCUGGUGACUGUCUAUGGUUGCAUAUGCUCCCUCCUCCUCUCCCUGUCGUGCUGGGCCUUUGAAACCAGCUUCUUUGCUGGUGGCUGCUGGGUGAGCCCCGAGGAGACGGCAAGGCUGCGCCCGGUAUUGGGCAGAGGUCGCCUCUCUCCGCCGUCCUCACAGAGACCCCGGGCGGAGACGAAUGACCAGGUGGAGUCUCGCUCUGUCACCAGGCUGGAGUGCAGUGGCGUGAUGAUCUUGGCUCGCUGCAACCUCCGCUUCCCGGAUUCAAGUGAUUCUCCUGCGUCAGCCUCCCGAGUAGGUGAAAAAUUAGACUAUUUCAAGAGUUGGAGCUGAAUCCGAUGUUAAAUAAUGGCAACAGGUGACUUAAAAAGAAGCUUACGGAACCUAGAACAGGUGCUCCGCUUGCUAAAUUAUCCUGAAGAGGUGGACUGUGUAGGUUUGAUAAAGGGAGACCCAGCAGCAUCUUUGCCCAUCAUCAGCUAUUCUUUUACCUCAUACUCACCUUAUGUAACAGAACUUAUAAUGGAAUCCAACGUAGAGCUCAUAGCAAAAAAUGACUUGCGCUUUAUAGAUGCUGUCUAUAAGCUUCUUCGUGAUCAAUUUAAUUAUAAACCAAUUUUGACAAAAAAGCAGUUUAUCCAAUGUGGGUUUGCAGAAUGGAAAAUCCAAAUUGUUUGUGAUAUUUUGAAUUGUGUGAUGAAAAAGCACAAGGAAUUAAACAGUCUUCAGAAGAUUCCAUCACAACAAAGAAAGAAAAUCAGUUCUGGUAAGUCAGAACCUCCUUUGAGCAAUGAGAAAAUAUCUGCAGAGGCUGUUGGCGUUGAUAUCAGUGGCAGGUUUAUGACUUCAGGAAAGAAGAAAGCUGUGGUGAUUCGUCACUUGUAUAAUGAAGAUAAGGUUGACAUUUCUGAGGAUACAUUAAGUCCAAUAACAGAUGUUAAUGAAGCAGUUGAUGUGUCUGACUUAAAUGCUACUGAAAUAAAGAUGCCUGAAGUAAAGGUUCCUGAAAUCAAGGCUGAGCAACAGGAUGUAAAUGUUAAUCCUGAGAUUACUGCACUACAGACUAUACUUGCUGAAUGCCAAGAAAAGCUUAAGAAACUGACUUUGAUAGAGAAAAGGUUAGACUGUUUGGAACAAAAAAUGAAAGGAAAAGUGAUGGUAGAUGAAAACACCUGGACUAAUCUUCUUAGUCGUGUCACUCUCCUUGAAACAGAAAUGCUUUUGUCUAAAAAGAAUGAUGAAUUUAUAGAGUUUAAUGAAGUUAGUGAAGACUACGUUUCUUGUAGAGACAUGGACCUUCUGAAUCCUCACAGAAAAAGCAAAGUAGAGAGGCCAGCAAGUAUUCCUCUGUCCUCUGGCUAUAGUACAGCAUCAUCAGAUUCAACUCCCAGAGCCUCUACCGUUAAUUACUGUGGUUUGAAUGAGAUUUCAGAGGGUCUCACUGUAUUGCCCAGGCUGGAGUGCACUGGUGUGAUCUCGGCUCACUGCACCUUCUGCCUCCUGAGUUCAAGCAGAUUCUCGUGCCUCAGCCUCCUGAGUAGCUGGGACUAUAGGCCUUGUACUGUCAUGCCUGGCUAAUUUUUGUAUUUUUGUAGAGACAGGGUUUCACCGUGUUGCCCAGUCUGUUCUCGAACUCAUGAGCUAAAGCUACCCGCCCACCUGGACCUCCCAAAGUGCUAAGAUUACAUGGGUGAGUCACCGUGCUUGGCCACAUUUUUAGUAUUCUAAUAAAUAUUUGGUCAUCAGAACUUUAAAAUGAUAGCCUACAGAAACAUACAAUUUUGAAUUUAACAGAGUUUCAGUAAAUAGUUCCAGAAUUAAUGAAGCAUGUUAGCUUUAAUUUUUUUCAAUUGUGAGAGAGGUACAUUUAUAAAAAUUAAGAGGUUAGGAGGUUAUAGUUAUAAGGGAAAAAACUACUGUAUCGAUUAACUCCUAAAAUAUCAGUACCAGCACGGAAUUAUAGCACCACCUUGUGGUUAACAUGCCAGUAUUUUACCUUUUAUUAAAACAAGUGAUUUCCCAUCAAACAGGAUAAUACUUUUUCCCUUUUGAAAAAUUCAAUUUUAAAAAGAAACAUUUUUGAAGUUUUCUCAUGGAAGAUAGAAAAAAAGUUAAGUCUCUUUCUGCCCUUUCUUUUUUUCUUUAUAUAGUGCAGAUAUACACACAGUGAAAGGACUUAAAACAUUUCUAAUCUCCUAGUUUAUAUACAGUGUGCAAAAUAUAAGUAUAUAUUGAAAAUAUAAAAUAUUUCAUAUAUGUUACCAGGUGGAAAUUUAGAAUCCAAAUUUUCUUAAACUUUAAUAACUUGUCUAACAACUCUAAUAGGGACUAAAAAUCAACUCAAUAUAUCAUACAUUUACACUUACAAAGAGUCUUUAUCUAGACAACAUAAUUUUUAGAAAAAUAAAGCAAAUUCAGCUUUAUUGGUGUUAUUGGACAGAUCAGCAAAUUGUUAUUUUAAAAAGUUUUCUUGUUUAGGCAAUUUGGUAAGUGGUUUCUAGUCAUAAACUAGCCACUGUUGAUAAACUUGAGAAGGGGAAGCAGGGGAGUUCUGAAGAGAUUACUUGGAGCUACAUAAUUAACCUUAAGUUAAGUAAAAUUUUCACUUUCAUUCUUUUCAUUCUCUCAUAAACUGGAUGAAAAAACAUUGUACUACCAACAAAGGUGUCAGUUGCUUGUGCUGCCCUGUCUAUGUUAUGCUCUGAAUAGGUCUAGGUAAAGAUUAUAUGGAAAUAUUAUAAAGAAUACAUAAGGUAAAAUACUAGUCAGAAAGGGUUCAGAAGAAGUUAGCAUCAACUAUAUGAAAAUUCUAGGUAAAGCUAAGUACUAUUGAGUUGGAAAAAAGUAAUUCUAUCAUGUUUGCUUGUUUUCCUCUACUGUUUUUAAUGUGCUAUUGUAAUAUAUUUUAAAAAUAAAACUUGAAAACAUUGGGA